GUGUGUUUGUGUGUGUGUGUGUGUGUGUACACGUUUGCAGUGUAGAUUAGAUAAAAUUUUGGUCUCUUGUGAAAUGAGGUGCAGGGUCUGCUGCUCUGCUGUCCCCUUGAAAACGCUGUCCGGUUCGCUGUGCUGGCUGGGACCUAGGGUCUGGUGUGAUCGCACAGAGCACCUUGUAAAUGGUUUCAUUCGCCUGGGAAAGGGUUAAAGAGGAAAAUGCCAGAAUCAUGCGGAGGGCACGGGGAUGCAGUUUAUUGUCUUUCCCCACCCCCUAGAUCAUCUCUCUUUCUUUGGGCAGACAAAAUUCAGCUCUCCACAGGGUUUAUGGUUUGACGUACGUUUUGUAUUUGUUGGUAUUUGUGCCGACUUCUGAGGGUGUUGUUGGAAGGCACCUAACGUGGACACAGCGCAGGUCCGUUCCCUCUGCUUCUGAACCUAAGGUCCUGAAAACGUUUCCAGUUGCUCUUAACAGACCGGAGUUAGGACCCAGGAAGGGCGGAGCAGCCACGGGAUAUAAAUAGAGAAGCAGAGCAGAGCGAAGUUUGCCGAGCGGGCCUGACAUCACUCACUCUCUCCACUCCGGGCGCCGGGGACGGACAGACAGGACGGACGCACGAGCUGUGAGCCGGGGUCAGACCGCCAGGAGCUGGGCAGAGACGCACCAGCUGGGGCGCCCGCGGGGGCUCCAGAAAAGUCCUCCCACGUCUAGGAAGGAGAGAACCGUCCAACUCCAAACCUGCAUGGAGACAAUGAGGACUCUUGACAUAGAAAGGAAACCGUGAGGGGCCACGACCUCCCUCUGCGAGCCUGAGGCUGAGCGCUGCCGCCGGGGCUGCUGCUCCUCCCCGGCCCCGGCCCGCCCGCGCCCGCGGUGUGUUUAGCGGUCACCGGAGACUGAAGCGCCUGAAGGCGAGGGACAAACCCCGGUCAGCUCCCCACGGCUGACUCCCUGCGUUAACUCUCUGUGGUUCACAAACUUUGGAGAAACAGAUUGUGGGGGUUUUUUCUUUCUUUCUGGAACCUGUGAAAAUGUCGCUUUCCCAAGGAAGUGAAAGCUAAAGAGGACACUUGGCCAGAGACCCUCAGGAAUUCCCCUCGGACCACAUUUUCACCUCGUGGGGGGAGAAACACCAUGAGGAAGCUGCUGCCCCUUUGCUGCUGGCGUCCCUGGCUGCUCUUACUUCACUGCGGCUUCCAGGUGCACGGAGCCGUCGCCAGGUCACAGGCCCAUCCAGGGUUUGAAGUCUUGGCUUCCGCUUCCUAUUACUGGCCGUUGGAAAAUGUGGACGGGAUCCACGAACUUCAGGACACGACUGGAGCGUUACGAACCCGCAACCUCACUGUGCUUCUUCCCCAUAAUUCUACCUUUGUUUAUACCAAUGACUCUGCCUACUCAAAUUUCCCUGCGACCGUAGACAUUGUGGAAGGGAAGGUCAGCAAAGGCGUUUACUUCAAGGAGGACAAAGGAGUCACGUUUCUCCAUUACGGGAGCUACAAGGCUUCCUGCAUCAGCAACCCAGCGCAGUGCGGCCCUGAGGGGGUCACGUUCUCUUUUUUCUGGAAGACCCAAGGAGAACAGUCCAGACCAACCCCCUCUGCGUACGGGGGCCAGGUCAUUUCCAACGGGUUCAAAGUCUGCUCCAGCGGCGGCAAGGGCUCGGUGGAGCUGUACGCGCGGGAGAACUCCAUGACGUGGGCGGCCACCUUCAGCCCCCCAGGCCCCUACUGGACUCACGUGCUGUUUACAUGGAAGUCCAAGGAGGGUCUGAAGGUCUACGUCAACGGGACCCUGAGCACCUCAGACCCAAGUGGAAAAGUGUCUCACGCCUACGGGGAGCCCAGUGUCAACCUCGUCAUAGGAUCUGAGCAGGACCAGACCAAGGGCUACGAGAACGGAGCUUUUGACGAGUUCAUCAUCUGGGAGCGGGCCCUGACUCCGGAUGAGAUCGCCAUGUACUUCACGGCCGCCGUCGGAAAGCAUGUCUUCUUGUCUUCAACACCACCAAGCCUCUUCAUGACACCCACAGCAAACACCGUGCCACCCACCAAUGCCUACCAUCCCAUCAUAACCAACUUGACAGAGGAGAGGAAGAACUUCCAGAGUGCUGGAGUUGUUUUGAAUUACCUCCAAAAUGUGUCCCUCAGCUUACCCAAUAAAUCCCUCUCGGAGGAAACAGGACUGAAUCUCACCAAGACUUUCUUGAAAACCGUGGGAGAGGUUCUUCGUUUGCCCAGUUGGACUGCCGUGUCAGAGGACAGCGCCGUGGUGCUGGGCUUGAUAGAAACCGUCGACGCCGUCCUGGGCCACAUAUCUUCCAACCUGCAGGCCAGCGAGCCCCAGGUCACCAUCGCGGCUCCUCCUCUCUGGCUUGUUCUAGACUUUUCAGUGGCCAGACUCCUACCCAAGACCAUGAACUCCUCCCACUACCGCUUCCCGGCCCGCGGCCAGAGCUACAUCGAGAUCCCCCAAGAGGCUUUUCACAGCCAAGCUUGGACCACCGUCGUGGGCCUCCUCUACCACUCCAUGCACUAUUACCUGAGCAACAUCCCGCCAGCCAACACCAAGAUCGCUGGGGCAGCACAUUGCAAAAGCUGCUUGCUGUCUGCCGCCAGCCACCUGAUCUCCCUGGAGGUCUCCCCGACGCCCAGGCUCUCCCAGAACCUGUCGGGGUCCCCGCUCGUCACUGUCCAUCUCCGGCACCACUUGACUCAAAGGCAGUACAUCGAGGCCACCAAUGAGAGCAACAGAGUCUUCCUGUACUGCGCCUUCCUGGACUUCAGCUCCGGAGAAGGCAUCUGGUCGAACCAGGGCUGUGCUCUCACGGAAGGGAACCUCAGCUACUCCACCUGCUGCUGCACACACCUCACCAACUUCGCCAUCCUGAUGCAGGUGGUCCCACUGGAGCUCGCUCUUGGACACCAGGUGGCGCUCUCGUCCAUCAGCUACAUCGGCUGCUCGCUGUCGGUGCUCUGCCUGGCCGUCACGCUGGUGACCUUCGCCGUGCUCUCCUCGGUCAGCACCAUCCGGAACCAGCGCUACCACAUCCAUGCCAACCUGUCCCUUGCCGUCCUGGUGGCCCAGGUCCUGCUGCUCGUCAGCUUCCAGUUUGAGCCGGGCACGGUGAGUAGGCGCCCUCUGUCUCACAGUGUCAAGAGUGGGCCUCCCUUCUGCCCCCACCCUCCACAUCACCAGGGGUGGUACCUUCUCCUGCUGGUUUCAACUCAGAACUCAGACCACAUCCCCCAGACAGCAAGACUGUGGCUCCUCGGGGACAGACAACGCAGGACUGAGGGCUACCGCAGCUCGCCCAGGGCCACCUGGGGGCAGGGGGAGGGGCUGCUGCGCUCAGGGCCCUGCAUCAGACGGAGCCCUGAGGACGCUGCUCUCCCAGCAGCCAGAAGUUUUCCUCUUCUGAUCUGUAUCAUUUCAAUAGUCUUUGCCAUGGACAGUUACGGAGCAAGUAAGAAUUGCUGGCUGUCUCUCGGGAACGGCGCCAUCUGGGCCUUCGUCGCCCCAGCGCUCUUCAUCAUUGUGGUCAACAUCGGCAUCCUCAUCGCCGUGACCAGGGUCAUUUCACAGAUCAGCGCCGACAACUACAAGAUACACGGAGACCCCAGCGCCUUCAAGUUGACAGCGAAAGCUGUGGCCGUGCUGCUGCCCAUCCUGGGAACCUCGUGGGUCUUCGGCGUCCUUGCUGUCAACAGCCAGGCCGUGGUCUUCCAGUACAUGUUUGCCAUACUCAACUCCCUGCAGGGAUUUUUCAUCUUCCUCUUUCAUUGUCUGCUGAAUUCGGAGGUGAGAGCGGCCUUCAAGCAUAAAACCAAGGUCUGGUCCCUCACGAGCAGCUCCGCCCGCCACGCCAACGUGAAGCCCUUCAGCUCGGACAUCAUGAAUGGGACCCGGCCAGGCACAGGCUCCACCAAGCUCGGCCCCUGGGACAAGAGCAGCCACUCUGCACACCGCGUGGACCUGUCUACCGUGUGAGCAGGGAGGCCACUGCCCCGGCUGGCCUGCUGCUCAGAAACCCCCAGCCCCUGCAAACAACACACGAGAAACACUCCACCCUCACCAGCGGGACCCUCUCCUCGGUGCUGUCUGGACGUGGGGGUCACGGCCCCUGUGACAACCGUUCUCACCUGUGACCCGCCCUCUGUGACAGAGUCCACGGCUCAGCCCGCAGCCUGUUUCACAGCGAUGAGGACCCUGGCUGCGGGCUGAGUGUCUGCCUCCGGGCCCCCGGAACACACCGCGGUCCCUCCCUGUAAUCACUGCGAGUGCACGGAGCGUUGGCCCCUCGAUGCCGUGUGCACACAGGACCCAGGGCUGCAGCACCAGGAGGGAAGUUUAGCCUCUGCCGCAUGAAGGGGACGGGGACCAGAGGCGGGGGUCCUGCGGGGGAGGGUCAGGCCGAGGCAGCUGUGGGCACAUGGAAAAGCGAAUAAGGACAGUUUGCCACCUGCUGACUUUACCCAACAAGGCCCCCAAAGCCAGGCGCCCACCAAACAGCGACCCUUUCUGCAGGGCGACACCAGCGUGGGCCACCUUCACGAUCUGGUCACGUGGCCAUGCUGGGGCUCCGCUGAGGCCGAGGGCUUUGGGCUGGAGGGGCCAGAGGGGUGGCUGUCCAGGCCCUGUCUGUGGGCAGUGCCUCCCCAGGGUGAAGCCCCAGGUGGGGUCUCCCGCCCCAAGAGCUUCUCAGCCCCUUCCUCGGGAGCCCCAGGAGUGCUGGCUCGCCGGACCCACAGGCAGCCGUAAACUCGGCCCCUUUCGUGCAUCUGAGCCUUCUCUGUGUUCACGGCGGCCCGCCAAGCCACCGUCUUCCAGCUUCCCCUAGAGAGUUUCUCCCUCAUCACGUGUAAAUUCUUUUCCACGUCUGUAAGGAGCAGAUCCCAGUGUGGGGGGAGCACAGUACAUGAUUUCCUGUCGCUACGAAGGCAGAUCCUGACAGGCGGCGGCUGCCUGCUCCCCGCGUGGCACGCUGCUGGGAGGGGGUCCGGCCGGGGACGGAGGGUGGCAGUAGCCGUGUCUUCCGAGUUGCCGUUAAUUCGUGGACCUGGCCUCAGCCCCCCGGGAAACGGAAUAAUCACUAUGGCUCCGCGUGUGGGUUUGCGGUCCUGGACGGGAGCCGGCAGGCCGCUGGGAUGUUGGCAGCGAGACUACGAGCUGUCGUGCUGUGAUGACAGCUCUCCCCGUGCUGUGGCGAGUGUGGGUGAGAGGUGCCAGCCUGCCUGUGGUACUGGAAGCUCUUCCUUUAGAACUGUGACGGUCGCGGCGUUAAUGCCCGCCCCCACGUCUGCUUGUGUCGGAGUGAGGGCUUCUGGAGUUCCGGGCACCUCCCUCUUCAGUGGACGCCUUCGUAGGUCACCCCCGCCUCCGAGGACCACGAGUGUAGGUCAUCUUCAAGGUGUCCUGCCGGGGCACGGGCCGCACCCCAGCAGCGUGUCGCGCUUCCUCCUGGGUGAGGCCCCAUGUGCGCCAGCCCACCCACACCGGGUGACAGCGCCACGCGCCGUCCCCACGGACCUGCCGCGGGGGGGUGAGCCCGGCUGGUGCAGGCGAGACCCCACCGCUGCGUGAAGAGUCCGAGUGUGCCGGCCCCCGCCCCCGGCGCCCCCGGAAGCCAGUCACGUGUAGUGCAGUUUAGGCCCUUGUCCAGCCUGAGAGCACCUAGAAGUGAGAACACUGUAUUCCUACGAUUUACACUUGGAUUUUUUUUUCUUAUUUAGUUUCUGCUGAAGCAAAUCAAGUAAGGAACUGUCUUCAUUUUAGAUGGGACGUCCUGUUUUUUUUUUAACUUUUAC